AUAUAAGUACAGAUAGAUAAUAAAUUCAAAUUUACAUUAAUAAGAUUCUUACAAAAAUCCUCAGUUUUCUUCGCCAUGUUGGCUAAUGCCAGCCUCAUCUCCUGCAACUUCUCCAAGUUCUCAUCUUUAACAUUCAAAAGCCGCCCAGAAACCAGGAACUUCCUUCAAACUCAAAACCUCAAGCCAAGAGUAUCAAUUCCCAAAACAAGCUUUGGAUCUUCGAUUUUCAGAAGCGUGGACUGUAAAACGUUUAUUCUCCCAUUUCAGCAAAAGGGUCAUUCUCAAAUUUGUCAGAGUACCUUAAAGGGUGAAAACAAAGAAGACCCGGGUUUGAAUGAGGGAGAUGGCUUGGAAAAUAAACCUGAAGGAAGUGGAAAUGUAGCUGAGGGAAGAGACUGGACGACCUCAAUUUUGCUCUUUGUGUUAUGGGGUGCAUUACUGUACUAUGUUUUCAAUCUGUCCCCCAACCAGACUCCGACAAGAGACAUGUAUUUCUUGAAAAAGCUCUUGAACUUGAAAGGGGACGAUGGGUUCAGAAUGAAUCAAGUGUUAGUGUCACUGUGGUACAUAAUGGGUUUAUGGCCCUUGGUUUACAGCAAGCUGCUGCUUCCGACAGGUAGAAGUUCUCAGAGCAAAAUUCCAGUUUGGCCUUUUACUGUACUUUCAUUUUUCGGUGGUGCAUAUGCUCUUCUUCCCUAUUUUGUACUUUGGAAACCACCACCUCCUCCUGUUGAAGAAACAGAACUCAGCAGAUGGCCCCUAAAUUUUCUAGAAUCAAAAAUAACAGCUGCGGUAACACUGGCUACAGGACUAGGUUUACUUGUUAGUGCAGGAUUAGCUACUGGUGAUGACUGGAGUGAAUUUUUCCAGUAUUUCAGGGAAAGCAGAUUUAUCCAUGUUACUUGCAUUGAUUUCACCCUACUAUCAACUUUUGCUCCAUUUUGGGUCUACAAUGAUAUGACUGCUCGGAAAUGGUUUGACAAAGGGUCUUGGCUUUUGUUUUUGUCGCUGGUUCCAUUCGUCGGUCCUGCUUUAUACAACGUCCUACGACCACCACUAUCAGCUUUGCCAGCAACGGUUAGCAGUACAACUUCCAAACCAGAGGACACUUGAAAUUAUUUCCUACUUGGUUCUUCAGAAAAUACACUCCAUUAACUGUUGGUGGAGGAAAGAGAUUAACACUACAAUAUAGGAAGAGUUCUAAAUGUUCAGUCAGUAAUACACAUUAUAUGAUAAAGUCUUAAAACUAGUUUUGGAUACUGCUGAAUGUACUUAUAGAGGAACAACAAACAAGUAUAUCACAUUGUAAGAUGUCGUAGUUUUCAAUGUAGUUACACCCAGUAUUCUUUUUCCAUUUUA